AUGUCAAAGGCAAAGUUUCUCUCCCCCUUCACUACAGGUGUACACGAGCGGCUGAGACGUGGUAUCUUCUCGGGAGACUUUUGGAGCAAGAUUUUCGGAGGGAAAAGCAGUGCGGUGCCGGACAAGGCCUCUCCCCUGCACAACGACUCCUCUAAUGAAGGUGACUGGGAUAAUUUCUGGGAUGCACCAAACUUCCAGACAGCUGUUCCAGACCACGAAGAAGAGAGCUUUCUUGGAGAGAUUGCCGCCGCUUUGGAGAGUGAUGAUACGUCUAGCGACCUACAAUCUACAGUUGACGUUAUAAGUACAGCAGCAGAUGGCGGUGAAGCUGGCAAUGGCGGAUCUGAAGAGGAGGAUAAAGAACCUGAGCUAGAUGUGUCAAAUCUUAAGCUGCAGGUGGCGCAAGUAUUCCAGCUUCCUCAAGACUUUGAGAUCAGUUUAACACCCCCAAUUCAUCCCUUACAGAAACAACAAAUCACUUACAACAUGACAGAACCGUUUGGGACAUUCAGUUCACCUGGAUACCCCCGCCCUUAUAAAGUAGACCGUUUCAACUACACAACAACUUGGAACAUCAAUGUCGCCAAGGGCAGCGAUAUCAAGUUGAAGUUCUUCAACUUUGCAGUCGGGUCCAGGGACGAACAUGCACCUGACAAAACUUGCAAACGUUCUCUGGACUUUGUUGUGGUGAACUCUGUGCCCAAUCAGAGGUGGGUGCUGUGUGAUAAGGAUUCCAGGCUAAUCACCAUCAGCGGUCACACGGCCAUGGUCAAACUGAUGUCUCGUAUCGAACAGCCCUUCUCUGACGGCAUGGGAUUUUUCGCAGCGUACAAAGAGAUACCGACCACGUCCUCAUUCGACAGGGAAGAUGAGCGAGAACAGGUGUCAAGUACAUCUCGAAUGACGACGUUAGACACUCCUUUUGACGGUAGGAACCUGGGGGAUAACAAAAUGUUGAUUAAUGACGAUGUAUCCUCCACCCCGCCUAUGAAUGCUUCAUCUUCAGUCCCUACUACAGAUCCUAACCAGCAUACUUUAUCUGUAGUUCCUACUACAGGCCUAACCCCAGCUGUUACAUCUGCAGUUCGUACUACUGGCCUAACCCCGACAGUUUCAUCUGCAGUUCCUGCUAUAGGCCCACCACAGAAUGGUUCAUCUGCAGUUCUUACUACAGGCUCUUCCCAGAAUGGUUCAUCUUCAGUCCCUACUACAGGCCCAUCCCAGAAUGGUUCAUCUGCAGUUCCUACUACAGGCCCAUACCAGAAUGGUUCAUCUGCAGUUCCUUCUACAGGCCCAUCCCAGAAUGGUUCAUCUGCAUCUCCUACUACAGACCCAUCCCAGAAUGGUUCAUCUGCAGUUCCUUCUACAGGCCCAUCCCAGAAUGGUUCAGCUGCAGUUCCUACUACAGGCCCAUCCCAGAAUGUUUCAACUGCAGUUCCUUCUACAGGCCCAUCCCAGAAUGGUUCAGCUGCAGUUCCUUCUACAGGCCCAUCCCAGAAUGGUUCAGCUGCAGUUCCUUCUACAGGCCCAUCCCAGAAUGGUUCAGCUGCAGUUCCUUCUACAGGCCCAUCCCAGAAUGGUUCAGCUGCAGUUCCUUCUACAGGCCCAUCCCAGAAUGGUUCAUCUGCAUCUCCUACUACAGGCCCAUCCCAGAAUGGUUCAUCUGCAUCCGCAUGUCCUACUACAGGCCCAUCCCAGAAUGGUUCAUCUGCAGUUUCUACUAUGGGUCAAUCCAAGAAUGGGUCAUCUACACAUCCUACAACAGGCCCAUCCCAGAAUGGUUCGUCUGCAUGUCCUACUACAGGCCCAUCCCAGAAUGGUUCAUCAAAUUUUGCUGAAACCAAUGUGCAGAUAUCUCCAAGCGUGAACUCUUCUGUGGGUAGCGGAUUCCCCGGAGAACCGAAAGUCCUGGAUUCAAAUGAUGCUGAUGGCAGAGUGGUCUCUUCUACCCCUUUGACUAGGGUUACAGGAAAACAUACCAGUUUGUCUCCAGCAACAGUGGCGCCAGUGGACCUCAUGCCUAAGGGACAGAAAACUGAGUAUGCACCAGGGGGUUUCCGUUUGUACACCAUGAAGUUUGAUCUGAAUCUGUCGGACGCCGACGCUGUUUACAGUGAUGGAAAGGUGCGAGACAACAUGUUAGGGUCAAUCUUGGCUGUGAUGAAGAAAGGCCUGAAGAACAGUUAUUUUGGAGGAGACUAUAGUGGCAUACAUGGAUUGAGGCUAAUCAGCAAAGGCAACAGACUUGCCACAUUGGAGACAGCCAUUGAGAUGCUGCCUUCUUCAACUGUAAGCAUGAAAGUCAUUGAGGGCAUCAUAGGAAGUGCCAUGCAGACCAGCCAGUGGAACACUACAGCAGCCAGCGCUUUUAACUUCCAGGCUGCAUCCAUGAGAUCUUCUGAUCUGGAUGAAUGUGCCCUGGGAUGGCACACUUGUCCCCAAUAUGCAGACUGUAUCAACACAGACGGGUCCUACACCUGCCACUGUAAGAAGGGCUACGUAGCGAGCGGCAAUGCUGAGCAGCGGGUUUGUGUGGAAAAAGGAGAAACUAGACCAGGUGACAACGACAGUGACAUGUGGAAGAAAGUGACCCUGAUUGUGUCGCCCAUUGCCGUCGCCCUGCUGCUGUGCAUAGUGUUUAUAGUGAUCUGUGUUACCAGAAGGCGGCACCACCGCUACAAGGAAGAUUACAGCAUGACAGGCAGGGCCACUCCUGGCAGCUACAACCGCCACGACAGUCAGGCGCGGUCCAGGAAAGAAUGGCGGGACUCCCAGCACGAGAGCGACUCGACAGGGUUUACACGGGUGUAGAUUGUCACAUACACACACACAUGUACACACACACACACACACACACACACACGCACACACACACACACACACACACGCACGCACACACACACACACAGGUACACACACACAGCUGUUUAUCUUUGUCUACAGUGUAAGCAGUUGUUUACAGUAAGUGAUAUAUGUGAUGAAACAGUUUACAGUAUGUGGUGACAGUUUACAGUACAUCGUAUGUGAUGAGGACAGUUUACAGUGAUAUAUGUGAUGACAAGGCAAGAAAAGUGUUAUUAAAUGUAUUCUCAUCUGAAAAUGUUAUGCUAUGUAAAAAAAAAUGUGACCUUUGUAAUGAGUACUAAUUAAAAGCUAUCGUGAACAAAAAAUAUGAUCACAUAUCUUUGUACUUUGUAAAAAAAAAA